UGCUUGUUGGCCGGGCUUGCGGGUCCCGGAGCUCCCAGCAGGUGCAGUCUCCUGAAAGGAAAUGGCACUGUAGACGAAGUCUACAGAAGCUUAUGGGACCCUUUUUUAAUUUUGGUUUUGAAGAACUUUUCCAGCUUUAUUGAGGUUCCUGGACCAGGACAGCAGGAAUCCCACAAACUCCAUGCCCAGUCAGGCUUGAUUGAACCAGGGCGUGCUGCCGGGGAUAUAGACCGUUAGGUUAUUGCAUUUGGGACUGUACAGUUGGACUUUGAAGUGCUCAGGGAAAAUAGAAUCAAAAGACCCCCUCUUGUCUGCUUAUCCCUCUCAGGAAACUGGAGGUCUUCUUAGCCAUCAUCCACUGCAGAUGGGCAGACAUGGUGGUGACUGUGGAGAAACAGAGGAAGGUGUCACACUUCGAAGAUGUCUCUCAGCGUUAAGAACAGACCAAAAUCUCCUGUCACCGUUGGUGGAUUUAUUCCCAAACUGAAAGUCCCGUAGCAUCUGACCAUGAAGAAUCUCCUUGUCCACAUGGCAGCUCCUGAUUACUCCUGCUCCAUCAGGAUUGUCAGUUUAUUAAUGAAGCAUGCAGACUUGUGUGGAACAAGACAGGCUGGGCCAAGCAUUUGAAGAUGCUUUUGAGGUACUCAGGCAGCAUUCACUAGGAGAUUUCGAGUACUCCCCAGAUUACAAAAAUUACCUGGCUUUCAUCAGUCAUUGUCCUUACGUCAGAGGAAACUCCAGCUGCUACGAAGUGGUGCCUACAGAGGAAUCUGUUCCUAGUUGGAGAACCAUAAAAAACAAUGUUUCAGACCUCUAUCUUGAAGGAAAUGUCCACCAAUCUCUGCAGAAUGCAACUGAAAACCAAUUGGUGCAACCUACUGUUUUCCCACAAAAAGGAGGAAAAGGCAAGAAGAAGCUCCGACUGUUUGAAUACCUUUACGAAUCCCUGUGUAAUCCUGAGAUGGCAUCCUGUAUUCAGUGGGUCGAUAAAAACAAAGGCAUCUUUCAAUUUGUAUCAAAAAACAAAGAAAAACUGGCUGAACUCUGGGGAAAAAGAAAAGGUAACCGGAAGACCAUGACUUACCAGAAAAUGGCCAGAGCACUGAGGAAUUAUGGGAGAACUGGGGAAAUCACCAAAAUCCGGAGAAAACUAACUUACCAAUUCAGCGAGGCAAUUCUCCAAAGACUCUCUCCAUCUUAUAUCUUGGGGAAAGAGAUUUGCUACUCACAGUACCUUCAACCUGAUCAGGAAUAUCUCAGUUUAAAUGCCUGGAAUGCAAAUCACAACUAUACAUAUGCCAAUUACUAUGAGUUAAGUCUCCCAGAUUGCUAAGUAACACCCUCCCAUUUCUUGGUAUCCUGGUUUUGAAAUUUCUACAAGCUUCAGGAUUUUUCUUGCAAAGCAAAUACAGUCAGCUUUCCAUAUCCACAGCCAGUCAGGAAUAACAAACAUUUGAAAACAAAUUGCAUCUCUUCUAAACUUCUUGUCAUUAUUCCCUAAACAACACAAUGUAACAAUUUACAUAGCAUUUACACUGAGUUAGGCAUUAAAAGUAGUCUAGACAGCUCCUGCAUUUGCCAAUUUUUUUUUUUUUGACAGGCAGAGUGGACAGUGAGAGAGAGAGAGAUAGAGAGAAAGGUCUUCCUUUUUGCCGUUGGUUCACCCUCCAAUGGCCGCCGCGGUAGGCGCACUGCUGCCAGCGCACCGCGCUGAUCCGAUGGCAGGAACCAGGUGCUUCUCCUGGUCUCCCAUGGGGUGCAGGGCCCAAGCACUUGGGCCAUCCUCCACUGCACUCCCUGGCCACAGCAGAGAGCUGGAUUGGAAGAGGGGCAACCGGGACAGGAUCGGUGCCCCUACCGGGACUAGAACCCGGUGUGCUAGCGCCGCAAGGCGGAGGAUUAGCCUGUUGAGCCACAGCGCCGGCUUGCAUUUGCCAAUUUAAUUGGGUAAAUUCCAAGGAGUAGGAUGGCUGGGUUAUAUGGCAGGGCUAUAUUCAGGUUGCACCUGAAUGUUUGUUGCAGCUCAAUUACAAUAGCUAGGGCAUGGAGUCAACCUAAAUGCCUAUCAACAGAAGACUGGAUAAAGAAAUUAUGGGGUGUGUACUCAAUGGAAUACUAUACAGCAGUAAAAAAAAAAAGAAGGCCGGUCAUUGCAGCAAAAUGGAAGAAUCUGGAAAACAUCAUGCUGGAUGAAAUAGGCCAGUCCCAAAGGGACAAAAAUCAUAUGUUCUCCCCGAUCGGUGACAGCUAACUGAGCACCUAAAAGAAAACCUGUUGAAGAAGUGAAAUGGACACUAUGAGAAACAAUGACUUAAUUGGCCCUUGUCCUGACUGUUGAGGAAAAACUCACUACUUUAUUCCUUUUGGUAUUUUUUUUUGUUCUACUUAAUACUAUUCAUUGAACUCUUUAAUUAACACACAAUUAUUCUUAGUUAUUUAAAUUUAACUGAAAAGUGAUCCCCGUUAAAUGUAAGAGUGGGAAUAAGAGAGGGAGGAGAUGAACAGUUUGGCACAUGCUCAAUCAGACUUACUCCUAGUGGUAGAGUUAGAAACGUGCCAGGGGAUUCCAACACAAUCCCAUCAAGGUGGCAUGUACCAAUGCCAUCUCACUAGUCCAAGUGAUCAAUUUCUGUUCACAAUUGAUCAUAAUGGUAGGAUUAAGUGUCAAAGGGAUCACAUAAUCAAGACUAGUGUCUGCUAAUACUAACUGAUAAAAUUAAAAAUGAGAGAAUGACCCAACAUGGGAAGUAGGAUACACAGCAGACUCAUAGAAUGACAGAUGUCCUAAAUAGCACUCUGCCCUCAGAAUCAGCCCUUAAGCAUUCAGAUCUGGCUAAAAAGCCCAUGAGAGUAUUUCAGGCAUGGAAAGACAAGACACUCUGGCAAAAAAACCAAACCAAACCAAACCAAAACAAAACCUAAAUGAAAGAUCUCUGCGAGUGAGAUGCCAGUGGAAAGAACGGGCCAUCAAAGAAGGAGGUACCUUUCUCUUAAGGGAGAACUUCCACUUUGACUAUGGCCUUGUCCAAAUAUGAUCAGAGUCGGCGAACUCAGGAGGCUUCCAUGGCCUUGCCAACUCAUGACUAGAGCCUGGGGAGAUUGCUGACGCCUUAAACAAGAGUGUCAAUUUGUUAAGUCAACAACAGGAGUCACUGUGCACUUACUCCCCAUGUAGGAUCUCCGUCCUUAAUGUGUAGUUCAAUGUGAAUUAAUGAUAUGACUAGUGCUCAAGCAGUAUUUGGCACUUUGUGUUCUGUGUGGGAGCAAACUGAUGAAAUCUUUACUUAAUAUAUACUAAAUUGAUCUUCUGUAUAAAAAAUGAAUCUUGAUGUGAA